AUACCCAUAAAAAAGAAAAGUAAAAAAAUGUAGAUGCGAUUCAAGUAUUCAACAUUGGGUUAGUAAUCAAUGAGAAUCAUGCUUACUAUGUGCAUAUACGGAGACUUUAAAAGCCUUCCCUUAAAAAACUUCCAUUUCAUUCCAUUCCUCCUCCUCCUCUUCACCAUUUAUCUUUCUCAAAUUUUUUUAAAAUAAUAUAUUUCUUCAACAAAACAAAAGCAAAGUUCCAAUCUUCACCACUUUCGUCAUCACCAUGUCCGAUGCAACCGUAGACACAUACAUAUCUUUUGUGUGAUUUAUAUACAUAUUAAAGAUUCAUUUGUUCAUGGCGGUUCAAACUCAUCACCAUCAUCCUACUAUGUUCCUCAACAGAAACGGACAAGAAGGGAAUGAUUUUUCGCCGGAGCUGCAAAAGUCUCAGUUUCCGUCCAUCACCACUGGGGUUAAUACAAGAAAGCGAGCCAGAGAAGUGAUUGAUUUAGAAAACAUGACGUCUCCGAUGAACCCUCCGCCGUCAACUCCGCCGCAGUUUAUCAGCCGUAGACAAACUCCUAAUAUAGUAUCCACCGGUCUUCGUUUGUCUCAGGGACAGUCGCAGAAUCGAGAACAACCGCCAUCAUCAUCAUCUUUUCCGAUGAUAAACGAAGAUAUCGCCGGAGAAAUCAAACGACAAUCGGAUGAAUUAGAUAUGUUUCUUCAGACCCAGCUGAGACGCAUGUUAGCAGAAAACAGCGAGAGGCACUAUCGUGAGCUUCUAAAAACGACGGAAGAAUCAGUUAGACGGAGAUUAAGAGAGAAAGAAGCAGAGAUCGAGAAAGCUACGCGUCGUCAUGCAGAGCUUGAGUCACGUGCGAUGCAGAUCGAGACGGAGUCACGUGCUUGGCAGGCGAGAGCGGCCUCGAAAGAAGCCGAAGCCACGACUUUACAAGCUCGAUUGCAGCAAGCCGUAGCUCACGGCGGCGGAGUUACAGUUGCGGAACCAAAUUCAGGAAGCGUAGACGGUGUGGAUGAAGCCGAAGACGCUGAAUCGGCUUACGUUGAUCCCGAUCGACUUGAAUUAACCGGACCGAGUUGUAGGAUUUGUUGGCGGCGAUCGGCGACGGUGCUGGCUUUACCGUGUCGGCAUUUGAUCCUCUGUAAAGGUUGCGACGGUUCUGUGCGAGUUUGUCCGCUUUGCCUUGGCUCGAAAAAUUCAAGCGUGGAAGUAUUCUUUUCUUGAUGGGCUUUCUUUUAGUGGGCCUACUAGACCCAACGUUGGUGUUUUAUUACUCUAAAAACAAAAUUUAUAUGAUAUUAAAUUCAUCAUAUUUAUAUAAUUGCAAAAUUUGAGUUUCUU